AUGGUCGUUCUUCGUAAGACCAGUUUUGAUAUUUUAGGAUUCUCCUGUGUCACUUACGUCCAUUCGCAAAACUGUACAAUGGAAUCAAAAAGUGUAAAUCAUUGGCAUUCUAUGAUGGGAUCUCCACCUGAAGAUUUAGAUCAAUGGGGUACUGAGGAUAAUUUUGAGGAUGAAUUUGACAAAAUAUUGAAUAGUCUGGAUGACAAGACGGACCCUAAUUCAGUCACUACUAAUGACGUCAGUGUUCUCAUUAGUGAGUCAAGUUUAUCAAAAUCAAUGGCUUCUAGAUCCAUCGAUCCAGCUGAUGUCGUUCAAAAUAAGAAAAGUCCAAAUAUUGCCGUUACUGUCAGUAUUCUGAGUAAUAAUACCACAGCAGCCUAUCAGCCUCAUCCUGUUAGUUCCAGUAACGGAUUGUUAUUAUCCGGCUCAAACGUUGUGCCACCAUUGCUUCCAUCCAAUUUUUUGGGGUCUCCGUAUAUCAAAUGUCAACCGAAUGAAAAACAACGUUUUCGAACUCCAGGUGAAAAAACAAAAUCAAAACCUAUUGGGCCAAAUUCUAAAGAGAAAGUACAAGUUAAUGUUCCUCACCUUUUGCACAGUGCAUGUCAACAAUACUGUGAAUUUUGUUAUGAACGGAAACCAGAUCAACAUUAUGUGACGGUAGAAGUCUGUAGUGCGCUCAGUGAUUAUAUUAAAUGGCGAAAUAUAGAUGCUUUACACCUUGGCGUAUGUCUUUAUACAGUGAAUCGUCAAAGUGUACAUCCGAAUACUCUGUUGCCAUUAAAAGAAAUUGAAGACAGUGUGUGUUAUGAUGAAACAAUAAGAACGACAUUUUAUAAACUAUCACCACCGGUAAUUGGUACUGAAUAUCUCAGGUUAAAACUGGGUGUAAUUAGUGCGUAUAAACGUGGUGUUGUUAGUCAGCAAUUUGCGGAAAAACAAUAUAAUCAAUGUGUAUUACGAAUGAGCUUCUUUGAAAAAAAAGAUGGAAAAUAUCAUGAAGUUUCCGAUCCAUUAUAUUCAAACACUAUAAAACACCAUAUGAGAACGUUGAUAUUUAAUGAAUCAUCGCCCGAUAGAGGAUGUUAUUAUGGUGGACAAGAGCUAAAAUUAGGUUUUGGUCGGGGUUAUGCUCCAGCAAAGAAGAAUACUCGUAUUAUUGUCAAAGACGUAGCCAAUAACUGGAACGUACAAAUUCAUUUUGAAAUUUUUAAAAAUGAAAAUAAAGAAAAUUAUUAUAAAUUUAAAAUGCCACGGUAUCAAACAACUGAUCGAAAAGAGCAGAAGAUAGUAUUUAUUUGUGUUUUUGUUGAUAACGAACAAGUUGCAAGAGUAAAUUUUACUUAUAUACCUCAUGAUAUAUUACCGAAUCAUCUGUGUAAUCUAACUGAUCCCUCAUUAGUUUAUCCAACAACUACCGUUUUAUCAUGA